AUGUACAUCCCCUGCAGACACAUGCACAUCUGCACCAAGUGCUACGCCGACCGCAGGACCGCAUGGCAGCAGAGCCUCCCCCGCAUCAGGGCGGCGAAUGCGAGGCGCGCCGAGGAGAACAAGGAGCGCAUCAAGGAGGCCAGGGAGCCGCUGCCGAUGCGGCCCGAGGAGUACCUGUGUGAGCAGUGCAAGACAGAGGUGGUGUUUGCGGGGUCGGUGGAUGAGGUGGCCCGCUGGGCCGCCACCCCGUUUGUGGGACAGCCUGGCUGA